UACUUCCUGCUCAGUGCUCAUUCUGGGCGUGGGACUCAGCUGCUUUGUGUCUCGCCUUCUUCGUGUUUUACUGUUUUUAUCUUCUGGGGUCAGACUUUUGGUGUGCUGCUGUUCGUGUGUGCAGUAAUAUGGCAGAAUCCAAUGUUUCUUUGUGUCAGAAUCAGUUCAGCUGUUCAAUCUGUCUAGAUCUACUGAAGGAUCCAGUGACCAUUCCCUGUGGACACAGUUACUGUAUGAGCUGUAUUACAGACUGCUGGGAUCAGGAUGAUCAGAAGAGAGUCUACAGUUGCCCUCAGUGCAGACAGACCUUCACUCCAAGACCUGUUUUAGGUAAAAACACCAUGCUGGCUGAAGUGGUGGAGAAACUGAAGAAGACAAAACUUCAAGUUGCUCGUCCUGAUCAGUGUAAUGGUGAACCUGCAGAUGUGGAGUGUGACGUCUGUACUGAGAUGAAACAGAAAGCUGUCAAGUCCUGUCUGGUGUGUCUGAACUCUUACUGUCAAAAUCACCUUGAACAACAUGAGAAUCUCUUCAAAGGUAAGAGACACAAUCUGAUGGAUGCCACUGGACAACUGCAGGAGAUGAUCUGCCCUCAACAUAAUAAACUGCUGGAAAUUUUCUGUCGUACUGAUCAACAAUGUAUAUGUUAUCCGUGCAUGAUGGAUGAACAUAAAAACCAUGAGACUGUAUUAGCUGUAGAAGAGAGGACUGAGAAACAAACACAGUUGGAGGAGACACAGAAACACUUCCAGCUGAGAAUCCAGCAGAGAGAGGAGGAGCUUCAGGAGCUGAGAGAGACUGUGGAGUCUCACAAGCGCUCUGCACAGUCAGCAGUGGAGGAGAGUGAGAGAAUCUUUACUGAGCUGAUCCGCUCCAUUGAGAGAAGCCGCUCUGAGGUGACACAGCUGAUCAGAGAUCAGGAAAAGGCUGCAGUGAGUCGAGCUGAAGGACUCUUGGAGCAACUGGAGCAGGAGAUUGCUGAUCUGAGGAGGAGAGACGCUGAGCUGGAGCAGCUUUCACACACAGAGGAUCACAUCCAUUUCCUCCAGGGUUUCCAGUCUCUCCGUGUCUUUGGAUCUUCGUUCUCAUUCCGACUUGCUCUCAAUUGUUCCAUCUCAUUUGAUGAUGUAGGAAAAUGUGUCUCUCAUCUGAGAGAGAAACUGGAGCACUUUUGCAAAGCAGAGAUACAAAAGUUAUCUGAGACAGUAUCACACAUCAAGAUCAUUCCCAACAUUGAACCUGAUAUCAGACCAGAGUUCCUACAAUAUUCUCGUCAGUUGACUUUGGAUAAAAACACAGUGAAUACAAACCUCCGUCUGUCUGAGGGGAACAAAGUGAUCACUUACACUGACCAAGUUCAGCCGUAUCCUGAUCAUCCAGAUAGAUUUGAUUAUUAUUUUCAGGUGCUGUGUAGAGAAAGUGUGAGUGGACGCUGUUACUGGGAGGUUGAGUGGAGUGGUAGUGAAGGGGUGGAUAUAUCAGUGUCCUAUAAAAGCAUCAGCAGGAAGGGACAGGGUGAUGAUUGUGCAUUUGGAUACAAUGAUCAGUCCUGGAGUUUGUACUGCACUGAGUCCAGUUGCUCAUUUUGGUACAAUCACAUAGAGACUGAACUCCCUGUAGUCUCCAGCUCCUCUAGAAUCGGAGUGUAUGUGGAUCACAGUGCAGGAACUCUUUCCUUCUACAGUGUGUCUGACACAAUGACCCUCAUCCACAGAGUCCACACCACAUUCACUCAGCCUCUCUAUCCUGGGUUUUGGAUACAAGACGGAUCAGAAUUAAAACUGUGUGAUCCAACACAAUAGAAGAUACAGAUGUUUUACAAAUGUCUGUGUUCCAUGAUAAACCAGUAACAAUGAUGGUUAUGAAGAGUCUUAUUUUUAUCAAUAAAUCAAUAAUACAUCUGAAACAUGUCAUAUAUAAUAUUCUCAUUAGAUAUUAGUAAGAAUGAAAGUGGAGAAAUCAUGAUUGACACCAACAACACAAAAAAAUUUCAUAAUGUAAAUGUUCCGUAUUUACUGAAAUGCUAAUAAAACAAAUAGGAAGCAUGAGAUGCAUUGUGUUGCUUU